AAACUACGAAACGGUCGCAACUAUUCAGUUGCAUUCAGACCCCGGGCUAAACAGAUAGCGGUGAUCGACAGUAUCGGAGUAUCUGCUCUGACGUUAUCAGCCUCUUGUGAUAUAAUGAUCUCGAUAAAAUUCACCUCCUCCAUCCGUUUAGCUUAUUUCAGCCGCGGAUCGCUCAGGGGUGUAUUGCGGUCGAAAUGAGUUUAGCCUUAAGACUAGUCCUGUGCGCUCUGGCGGCGGCCAGCGCCUCCGCUCUCUCAAUCACCUUGAGACAAGACCCGGAGACACUAUGCGCGGGACAGGAGAACUUCCUACGUAUAGCCAGCACCGAAGGCUGCAAGGCCUACUACCAAUGCUACGCCGGCCGAGCUUACCUGAUGGAAUGUCCCGAUGAAUCCUGGUUCGACGAACAGGAACAGGUGUGCGUUUGGUCAGAGCCACCAGCAACCUGCCGGACCGACCCAGAACCGGAACCAGAACCAGAACCAGAGCCAGAACCUCAACCAGAACCGGAACCAGAACCAGAACCUGAACCUCAACCAGAACCGGAACCAGAACCGGAACCAGAGCCAGAACCGGAACCAGAAUCUGAACCUCAACAAGACCAAGUGGAAGAACCGGGCUCUGGUGAAGAUUGGGAAGUAGAUGCUAUCAUCAAAUUCUUGAAGAGGCAGGAAGAUGUAGAAGAUGAUGAAGAAGACGAGGAAGCUCUUAAGAGGCAAGAAGAGGUUGAGGAAGAGGUUGAAGAAGAAGAUAAUCUAAGGAGGCAAGAAGAAGUGGAGAAUGUAGAAAACGAGGAAGAACAGGAAGAAAAUCGGAAGAAGCGGUCAGCGCAAGAGGAAUUAGAAAAUGAAGAAGUUGAUGAUGAGGAAGCUCUAAAGAGGCAAGAAGAGGUUGAGGAAGAGGUUGAAGAAGAAGAAAGUCUUAGGAGGCAAGAAGAAGAAUUAGAAAAUGAAGAAGUUGAUGAUAAGGAAGCUCUAAAGAGGCAAGAAGAGGUUGAGGAAGAGGUUGAAGAAGAAGAGAAUCUAAGGAGGCAAGAAGAAGUGGAGAAUGUAGAAAACGAGGAAGAACAGGAAGAAAAUCGGAAAAAGCGGUCAGCGCAAGAGGAAUUAGAAAAUGAAGAAGUUGAUGAUGAGGAAGCUCUAAAGAGGCAAGAAGAGGUUGAGGAAGAGGUUGAAGAAGAAGAAAGUCUUAGGAGGCAAGAAGAAGUGGAGAAUGAAGAAAACGAAGAAGAACAGGAAGAAAGUCGUAAGAAACGGUCAGUGCAAGAGGAAUUAGAAAAUGAAGAAGUUGAUGAUGAGGAAGCUCUAAAGAGGCAAGAAGAGGUUGAAGAAGAAGAAAGUCUUAGGAGGCAAAAAGAAGUGGAGAAUGAAGAAAACGAAGAAGAACAGGAAGAAAGUCGCAAGAAACGGUCAGUGCAAGAGGGAUUAGAAAAUGAAGCAGUUGAUGAUGAGGAAGCUCUAAAGAGGCAAGAAGAGGUUGAGGAAGAGGUUGAAGAAGAAGAAAGUCUUAGGAGGCAAGAAGAAGUGGAGAAUGAAGAAAACGAAGAAGAACAAGAAGAAAGUCGUAAGAAACGGUCAGUGCAAGAGGAAUUAGAAAAUGAAGAAGUUGAUGACGAGGAAGCCUUGAAAAGGCAAGAAGAUGUAGAGGAUGAAGAAGCUGAAGAUGGGACAGAAAGUCGCAAAAAGCGGUCUGCACAAGAUGAAUUAGAAGAUGAAGUCUUUGAAAAUGAGGAAGUCAUGAUAAGGCAAGAAGAGGUCGAAGAUGAAAUCGAAGAUCAGGAAGAAAGCCGCAAAAAGCGGUCAGCGCAAGAGGAAACAGAAGAUCAAGAGGUGGAGGAUGAGGAAGCCUUGAAUAGGCAAGAAGAUGUAGAUGAUGAAGAAGAUGAGGAAGCUCUAAAGAGGCAAGAAGAGGUCGAAGAUGAUAUCGAAGAUCAGGAAGAAACUCGCAAGAAGCGGUCAGUGCAAGAGGAAACAGAAGAUCAGGAAUUAGAAGACGAGGAAGUCGUUUACAGACAAGAAAAAGACGAUGUAGAAGAGACUGAAGACCAGGAAGAAAGCCGCAGGAAGCGGUCCCUACAAUACGACUACGACGAACAAGACGAAGAAUGGCAGAGGGCACAAGAAGAAGCAAAUAUCCUCGAGAGCGACGAAGAGGAGGAAAUCAAGAGGCAAGAAGAAGUAAUAGAAGAGAAUGAGGAUUCAGAAGAAUCUGAGGAAGGUUUCUUCCGACGCUUUUUCUUUUAAUAUCCUGGCCUUCAAAAGCACUUCCUAAUGGAGUGUCCUUUUUGCAUGCCGUAGAAAGCUCUAUUUAAUUUUAUUUAUUAAUGUAAAUAAGUUGUGUGUGUAAGUUAAGAUCACUUUGUGCAAUUUUGUAAAUAUUACUUUGAGAUAGUAAAUGAGAACUACAACUA